AUGGUGCUGCCAGCCUACAUGGCGUUUAUUGCUCCGAAAUGGCCAUUGCUUUUGCUUGCUGCUACGCUCUCCCUGCUGCACUUGAAAAAGUGUCCAACAAUCUUUGAUUGUGACAUCCGAAAGCUCCACAAAGAGUACGACUACAUCAUUGUUGGCGGUGGAUCAGCCGGAUGCAUACUGGCCAACAGGCUUUCAGCCGAUCCAUUGCGAUCGGUACUGCUCAUCGAGGCAGGAGGUGUAGAAAAUGCCGCUACUGAGAUUCCACUGCUUUCUAUGACACAUUUCCAUGGUCCCUUCGACUGGGAUUACCGGACCGUACCACAGAAGCACGCUUGCCUUGGUAUGGAUGACAACAGGUGCAUCUGGGCCCGUGGCAAGGUACUCGGUGGUUCCAGCGUGAUCAACUUUCAAAUGCACGUUCGUGGUAAUCGAAGAGACUUCGACCAUUGGCAGUAUGAGUACGGCGCCUACAACUGGUCAUACGAAAAUGUGCUUCCCUAUUUCAAGAAAUACGAGAAUUAUAUGGGCCCCAAUCCCGACAGGCGAUUCCGAGGCAGCAAAGGAAAAGUGCCAGUAACGCUGUCCGUCACGCAAACAAAGCUUGUUUCUAUUUUCUUGAAAGCGGGCCAAUGGCUCGGCUACCCGGUGACCGACUACAACGGCCCAGAACAAAUGGGUUUCGCACGAACACAAGCCACUAUUUUUCAAGGCAGACGUUACAGUGCCGCAAAGAGUUACAUCAGGCCUAUUUUCAAGAAGCGCGCGAACUUGCAUCUUUCACUACGGAGCCAUGCUGUUAAGAUCCUUUUCGAAAACAAGCGAGCUGUAGGAGUCCAAUUCAAGAAGCACGGAGCCCUCCUCCACCGAAAAGUGCGAGCUCGGCGGGAAAUCAUUCUGUCGGGCGGCACCAUCGGUUCAACACAGUUGCUGCUCCUGUCAGGAGUAGGACCCGCGAGGGAUCUAGAGGAGCUGGGCAUUCCAGUGGUCGCGGACCUUCCUGUGGGCGAGAAUCUUCAGGACCACAUGUUCAUGGGUGGUAUGGCUGCCACCACCGACGUUGAUGCUGGACUACAUCCGCAAAAUAUGGAUGUAGUCACAGAGUACGCUAAAACAAAAGCAGGGGCUCUGUCACUACCUGCCGCUAUGGAGGCCGUUGCGUUUGUGAACACGUCGUUUGCCCCCUACGAUUAUCCGGAUGUGGAGGUCGUAUUGAACAGCGUGUCCGCGGCCAACAUCGAGGCAGAGCGUUUCUUGCUCGACUUAGGACUCCGCCAAGACAUAUAUAACUCGUUCUACAAACCGUACCGUGGACGCAACUCUUUUCAACUGGCUCCUCUGCUUAAUCGUCUCAAGAGCCGAGGCGUCAUCAAGCUGCGCAGCAAGAACUACCGCGAUGCCCCAAUACUCAAUCCCCGCUACUACUCGCACCCAGCAGACAUCGAAAUCGCUGCCGAUGCGAUGCUCCAGUGCAUUAGAAUCUUAAGUACAAAACCCUUUGCCGAUAUUGGCACAAAGCUUUGGGGAAUUCCUUUUCCGCCGUGCAAACACUACACAACGUGGAGCAGGGAUUACCUGAAAUGCGUGGCCAGGCACCUGUCGCAUACCGGAUGGCACCAAUGUUGCACCAAUCCGAUGGGUUCAGAUCGCAGGGCUGUCGUCGAUCCCCGGCUGAGGGUGCGUGGAGGCGUGACGGGGCUGAGGGUGGUGGAUGCGUCUGUCAUGCCCUACAUAGUGUCGGCAAAUCUUAAUGCAGCAGUCUAUAUGAUCGCAGAAAAAGCAGCAGACAUGAUUAUCCAGGACAACCCGUAAACUCAGCUUUUCGAGACGCUGACAGGCCACCGUAUGGUUGGUGGAUACCCACUGUUUGAGUGUGGCAAUGUGUCACAAAGGCUUGUUCAUCACUAUACCCAUCACUAUGCUAAAUCGAUACCAUAGUUUGAUUGUUUUGCCCUCCAAAUUCACAUAAAUAUUCUUGAAGGAGAAGAACAGGGCGACAGGGUGAUAUCUUUUGUAAAACGCUUAGGAAUACGAAAGAUAACGAAGCAAAAAUACAUCAGUUGCUUAGUGAUUUAAAGCAAUAAUAAUACUAAAGCUACAAGUGAAAAUUUAGGACAAGCUUCAUAAACACCAGAGUUCUUGAGUUCGGCUCUUGCUGAUAGGAAAGUGUUGUGCCACUUACACACUUACAUAGACUCGUAAUAUUGUUAGGGGGAAAUAUAUUCACACUAUACACAUAAUAAGUUCAGUGGCUAACAAGAUGGCGCCCAGCUCGCCGCGUCUGUCGACGUCGUCUUCUUUUCAGCGUCCUCUUCAUCCCGCUACAUUAUUUCCCGGCGGACUGAAGCACCGAUCUGGUGCUAAUUAGAAGGCAGUACUGUGAUAUGGCUUGAGACGCAUAACAGUGCGAGGGUGAACGACAGUGGGGUCGCUAGGGGGCGAUUUCGUAGGUGACGUCGGUCACUUGGCGUAAGAUGCGGUAAGGCUGGAAUAGCGUGAAAGUAACUACUCCGAAAGUCCAACGCAGCGCGAAGGGGACCAAAGAAGAACCAGAUUACCGGGCGCGUAGUGGACAUCACGAUGACGGGAGUCAUAUACACAGCUCUGACUGUCCUGCGAGUCCGCUAGUCGUCGUCAAGCAGCUUGGCGCACCUCUUGGGCCGUCGUUAUUGCUUCCCGAUAGCGUACUCCGAUGCGUAAAUUAGUCCGGUCGGCAGGAGUGUGUCGAAAGGUAGCGCAGAGUCACGGUCGACCAACAGAAAAAUGGAGAGAAGCCAGCGGUACCUUUCGACACACUCCCGCCUACCGGACUAAUUAGUUACACGUCGGAGUACGCUCGGAAAACAAUCUACCCGUAACAAUUCUCCCCCUAACAAUAUGAAGCUUACAACCAAUCAGACUACAUAUUUAUUUAUUGAAGCUGUUGAAAUAUAAGCAGCAAUCAUUUCUUUGUUCCUAUUGCGUUCAUGUUCUACUUGGUGUUGUGAUACCAUGAAGCACAACAAGAAUAUGCAAGCGGUUAUAAAAUCGCACAUAAUAGUGUUUGUGUAGAACGAGGGGCGCCUUCGUGUACAUGCCAUCAUAGAGGAAUUUUCCAGCGCCAAAUUGCGCGACCACAGGACGCUUCAUUUAUUAUCUCGACCGAACAUCCUCGAAAUUGCAAAAUCUCAUGAACCCGCUUGAUGGAACAUCACUGCACGGAACUCGGUAUCCUUGCAGGUUAUUUAUUCCAAGGUCAAGCUAAGUCAUCAACUCGCUGUGCCAUUAGAACCACGUUUGGUGAGUUUUACUGUGUAGACGUUCACGUGUACGGCAAGGACACUGUGUGAAAAUGUUCUGCCUUCGUCAUGGGGCACUGAUGUUGCAGUCACUAAUGAAGUCGAAAAAGUCCAUAUGGUGCUCGAAACCCUUGCGUGUUCCGAAACGUCGACCAUUUCCGUUUGAUUCGGUCAUGAUGACUUUCACUUGGAACUUACUACAGACACAACGAGUUGUCGUGGAAUUCUGGACUGUGUAUUAUACACGUUUGUAAGCCACACAUUUUUUGACAAUAAACUACAACGCUGGGCAUGCUA